UCACGACCACCACCACCAACACCUAAAGAGGAGCAAAAAGCCCCAGGGCAGCGGCACGACACCCCGACCUCGCACUCCGACUCCGUCUUUCAAGAUGAAGCUCGUCAGGUUUUUGAUGAAGCUCAACAACGAGACGGUCACGAUCGAGCUCAAGAACGGGACCGUCAUCCACGGAACGAUCACUUCCGUCGACCCGCAGAUGAACACGCACCUCAAGAGCGUCAAGCUCACGCUGCGCAACCACGUGCCCGGCACGGCGCCGCAGCACCUCGACUCGAUCGCGGUGCGCGGCAACAACGUGCGGUACUACAUCCUGCCCGACUCGCUCCCGCUCGACACGCUGCUGGUCGACGACGCCCCGCGCGCAAAGAAGCGCAAGGAGGGCGCUGCUGCCGCCGCUGCCUCGCGCGGACGCGGCGGACCCCGUGGUGGACGUGGCGGACGCGGUGGACCCCGCGGACGCGGACGAGGACGCGGUUUCUAAGCGUGGCGGCCAGAGAGAGUGGAUGGAGAGGUGGAUGGACCACGACGAGAGGUGGAGAGGCGGUUGCUGGAGACGGCCGACGAGGACGAGGCCGGCCGAUCUACGUGACCUCGCAGCUGCAGCAGAUGCCCCUGCAUGUAUUCCCAUGACUCUAGG